GGGCUCUUGAACCGUUCAGAUAGCCAGUCGAUCGUCACUGACAGUGGGUGUCUGUUCCUUUCCCAUGGCUGCUGCUGAACCAGACUCCAAACCUUCCUUCUCUCUGGACUCCUACCAUGUCUCCGAGGAGCUUGGCUUCGUCCUCCCUGAUCCUCUGGAAGAGCUUCCACCUUACUACCAGCCAUGGAUGGAUAUUGCCCUGCGAGUCCCAGAGCUUGUGCACUCUCACGAGUUGCGCCUCCACAUUAACAAGAUGCCACUGCUGAGCAGCCACCUUCUGCAGAAGCACCGGGAGUUACAGCUGGCCCACCUGGCCCUCAGCAUGAUGACCAUGGGCUACACCUGGCAGGAGGGAGAGAACGACACAGUGGAGAUGCUGCCACAUAACCUGGCGGUCCCGUACUGGGAGAUAUCACAGCGCCUGGGACUUCCCCCGAUUCUCACCCAUUCAGAUGCAGUAUUGGCUAACUGGAGGAAGAAGGAUCCAGAGGGGCCUUUUGACAUGGAGAACCUGGAGCUGCUGUUCAGCCUCCCAGGUGGAGACAGUGUGAAAGGUUUCUUUUUGGUUACUCUGCUGGUGGAGCUGGCAGCAGUCCCGGCACUGAGGAACAUUCCCGUUGUGAUCAAUGGAGUCAGGCGUGGAGACACUGAGACUGUGGCCAGAGCCCUGGAGGACAUCAGCCAGUCUAUACAAGACAUGAUAGAUGCACUCAAACUGAUGCAAGUGUACGUGGAGCCUUCAGUCUUCUAUGGCAUUAUGAGGAUCUACUUGUCUGGGUGGAAAGACAACCCCUGUAUGCCAAAUGGGCUGGUUUAUGAAGGGGUCCAGGCAGAGCCCGUGGAGUAUUCAGGUGGCAGUGCAGCACAGAGCUGCCUGCUGCACUGCUUUGAUGAACUCCUGGGAGUCAAACAUGAAGCAAAAAGUGGUGCCUUUCUAACCCGCAUGAGGAACUACAUGCUGCCUGCACACAAGCAGCUGAUCCAGGACAUCUCGCUGCAGCCCUCCCUAAAGAGUUUUGUCAAGCAGCAGCAGCAGGCCAGCGAGCGGCUAAACCAAGCCUAUCAGCACUGCGUCACUACACUGGUUGCUUUGCGCAGCUACCACAUCAACGUGGUCAGCCGCUUCAUCACUGUGCCCGCCGCCCGCGCCCGGCAACUUCGAAACCAGAGCCAGGUGUUGGAGGCGGAGGUGAUCAGCAGAGCGCCUGCAGCGUUAGAAGAGAGGGGCACGGGCGGCUCUGGCAUCAUGACCUUCCUUAAGACUGUCAGGGACCAAACUAAAGACGCCUUGCUGCCUGACAAGCAAAGAAAUAAAGGCCCACAGCUAAUGUGAGCUGAGAUACACAGCAGGGUGCCGACUGCAUCACAUAAAACAGACUGUAAAUCAGCUCUGAUUACUUACAGUAACACUAUUUUAUAUGCCAUUAAAAGGAUGCCUUGUGGCAGAGUGAGAGUAAGAAGCCUCCGUCGCUCGUCUUACAUGUAGCUUUGUUGUGUCUGCAAACAAACCUCAGCUCAAUAUACAUGAGUGAUACCCAUCAUUCAUGUCCAAACCAUAAUUCAAGCCAUUGCUGUUACUUUCCAUUAAAUUCAACCACUAAUUC